CAAACCUUUGGGGAUAUGAAGAAAUGUACAUUCUUGUUGCGGGAUCGUGGUUGUAUGCACCACUAGACAUUGAUUACAUUUUCAAAUGCUAAUUUAUGUCACCAGUGGUUAAAAAGUUGGCAGGCAUCAUUACUCAAGCCGCCAAGCCAUCCAUGGAUAUACUCAACGACAGCCAGAACCAUAUUCCAAUUGGUGACCUCCACUGGCUGAUACAUACGGUUGCUUAUGAGAGAUGGGUUAACCGCAGGGCUUUGAGCUCUACUUUAUGGUGCCAAUCAUCGAGGGACACCCGGCGUGUGGGCCGAGAUACUCUAGCAGCAUCUAUCGCCCAAUUGCUCCCAUAUGCAUAUAUUCCUUUCACUACUCAUGGCAAUGAUAGUGAAUCGGAUAUUUCUCGCGCUCUAUACUACCAAUGUUUACCCGCCUUUUCAUCUGGUCCUAGCGCCACGAAAGCUCAAGAGUCCAAAGUUACUGCUAACGAGGUUAUGGUCUCUCUCAUUUGUCAAGCUUUCCUCCUUGACUGUAGCGAACCAAGCGUUCUCGAAGAAAGACUGAUGAGAAUGGGGUCUUGUGAAAGAGAGUUUUUAAAUUUCGCAAUUAGCGACCCACGGCUUUCUAAAGUAGGCCGCCUAGGAGAACUCCUACUAGUUGUCGUCGCCAGCUGUGGCCAACCCGCUUGUAUUGCGAUUGACAAUUUACAUGCUUUGGGUGAAGCUGAACAAACCGCUCUUGCCCGGACUAUUAUGCAAUUAUUUGAUAAACGAGUUCAGUCAGCGCAUCGGGACGUUCCUCUCAUAUUGACGGGUACAAUUUCGCGUCAAGUAUCAACGAUCUUAGAAGAAGUGCAGCAAGUUGAUGAACACACUGAACACCGCGAGUGUAUCGAGUCUCUCCAUUUUCCUGAGUGGAAUACACGGCGUGAGCAAGUUGAGAAAGCCGAUGAAGGUACGACUUGGUGGGUGUGGAAAAGCCAAAAAUAUAAGAAUUGGGCCCAGGCUAAUCGGGGUUUGCUCUGGAUCGACGGCAAACCUGGGAGUGGAAAGUCAGUUUUGGCGCGAUCAAUGUUGCAUCGACUCAAGGCAAAAAGUUCUGCUAUCGUUGCAGGACGGUUCUAUUCAACCCGUCUUGGAGACGUGGGCACGUCGGAUAUCUCCUUAUUGCGCUCUAUAAUCUACGAACUCCUGAGCGAGUGCCCUGCUCUAUUUAGGACGGUAGUCAAACACUAUAGAAAGCAUCAAGUUGCCAAAGAUGAGCGAUACGAAGGGGUCUCGUGGUCAUGGUGCAGCUCCGAAGACUUUCUAAGAAUAGGGCAGCAGAUCUUGGAGGAUGUCAGCGCUACCAACAAGCCCAUAAUAUGCAUUGUUGAUGCUAUGGAUUUAAAAAAACCAGUGUCGGCGUCAACUUGCCAAAAUAAUGGAUGCUUUAGGAGUGCCAAAGCCACAACCCUGCUGAGGACUUUCAGUAGGCUUGUCACGGAUGUCAAAUACUCCAAGAUGAAAUUUAUCGCAUUCAGCCGCCCAGAACCAUCACUCGAGGUGGAUUUCGUUCGCAUCCGGCGUGCAUCGCCCUCCGUCUUCAGAAUCACGCUUGAACAAGAAAAUGCAGGUGAUAUUGGUUUAGUUAUUAAUCGUGGACUCUGGGCUCUCGUAGAAUCAAUGCAUAGGUAUGAUUCUGAGGAAGAAUUAAAUACCCAGGUUGGCCGCCAGAAGAAAAGGGGCCAAGAGGGAUUUGGGAGGCCUUUCGGGAACGUACAAACUUCCGGAUGGAACACUCUAUGGAGAAUGCGCCAGUACAUGAUUGAUAACGCUAGAGGCGUGUUCUUAUGGGUAUCUCUCAUCCUGAAAGACCUUGAAGACACGGUUGAUAAUGGUAUAGUAACGCUUACGGAGCUGGAGUCGAGGCUCAGGUCCCUUCCCUUUGAGUUGGACGAAUUUUAUGAUCGUGUGACAAGCGAUCUUUGUUCGAGACUAAGCCCCGAGGGACUCCAAAAAAGUCGAAAAAUACUAAUGCUGAUCUCUGGGUUCGGAGCCUUUGGGCGCACAUUAACAAUACGGGAGUUGUGGGAGGCACUCGUGGUUCCCGAAGACGUCUCAAUCACGUCGUAUUCCGCAUCCAAACCGUUGGCCACUGAUAGUAUCAUGAAAAAUUCAUGGAAUGACUUUCGCCGCCAACUCAACAGGCAAUGUGGGCAUUUCAUCGAAGUUAUAUCGCAAAAUGAGGUGUCCGACCCAAAUGACUCGAGCGUCGGACCAGACGACGUAGUACAUUUCAUCCACCGCACUGUGAAUGAUUUCUUAGGCACUCUUGAUUGUACACAUUAUUUUUCCAUAUCGGAGGCCGAGUCUCGUUCAGAAGUCAGAGACUUCGCCGCCCGGUACGUUAGGAUGGUAAUUCCCACCCAAGAAGAGCCAGGCUAUCAGAAGUUCCCAAACGGUGGAUGGAUGGAUAUCGAGUUAUUCGUAGACUUCAUGGAACAACAGACAUUAUUUAACUUCGCCGUUGCUGUUCUGUCAAUAGAUCCGACACCAGACACAUCGAUUCGCCUUAAAAUUAGCGGCACAAUACGUGACCAAGGCGAGCCCAGUCCAGACGGGGAUGACUGCUUCCCGCACAUAAGUGUUUGGAUUGCAGGAGCAUCAUACCCUGAUUCAUUAGGGGGGGACAACGAAGUCGAUUCUCUCCGGCGCCUAAUUCUCGGCCAUGCUGUGUACUAUGCUUGUCGUGAAGGCUACGUAACAGCUAUAAAGAACCUGUAUUUUCUGUACAACAUCGUAUACCCACAUUACACUCACGAUAAUAGACGCGCGAUUCGCGGAGGCGCAUCGCGAGCCAAGCGGGAAGCCCGCAUCGACGAACGGAACGAGCCGACAGAAAACCCGGAACCCCGUUACGCGCACCGGCGUAGCGAUGAACGAACCCUGGAAAACCUUGAUCGAAUUCGCGAGUGUAUAGAUUUUAUUGAGCUGUCACAGACCGGCGGUGACAUAGAUAGCGCUUUACCGAGCCUUGCGCAAUGGCUCGCAAUAACCUCUGCGCCAAGUCUACAGUCGAAGCGCCAGCCCUUGAGCUCGCGACUUGGUCUUAGGUGCCUGAGCUUGAAGGUUCUAUUAUCGAAAAGCCGACGUGCCCUUGGAAGAAAGAAAGUCCACCACAGAUCAAACAGCAUGGACUCUUUAUAAGACAUAUUGUUCCUUUAUACGAACCCAAUUCAUGUACAUCAUUUAAUAUACUAUAGAAUAGAAUAAGUGAUCAUGAUUAGGACGAUAAGACGACUAUUCUGAAUAGCCUAGAAUGCAGGCUUUCAUCUCUACCUAGGUAUUCAUGUGCGGGUCUCGAUCAUCCGAAGCCCAACUCCUACCUACCUAGGUACUCUGGUAUGACGCCACCAAUAUUACGUAGUAAAUACUUCUAUUAAACAUACCUUGAUCCCGAGAGUACUCGUAAUAUUCGAC